UGUGACGCCUUUUAGUCGAGAGCAGUCCGCUGAGUGGUGAAGAUCGGGACGAGCCAAUUAAUUUUGGACUGGGCUGUGAAUAGUGAAAGUGAUCGUGAGCUUUGAUCUCGGAAUAGUAUUAGGACGGUAUCAUGAUAAGUGGUGAAAUUUAAUGAUAACUUGUAUCAUCAAUAGUUUUAUUAAAAAUGGUUAAUAAAAAGUCCACUGGUUUGUGGAUUAUCAUCGGACUAUGCUUAGUUCAAUCGACGAUCGGGUUGAUGAACGAUGAGUUUGAAAAUAAAGCUUCCAAAACUCCCGAGGACAAUCACAUCAGUGGUGAUGCAGCCACCGCCGAUAUCAAGCCAGACCGUCCCGUACAGCGGAGAAAACCCUUCCGAGUGGUGCAGGCCGAUCGCGAGAAAAAACAUUUGGAUCUCAACUUGUUGCGGAAGAAACGGUUCGUCAGUGUCAUUCUGAGUCCGUUUUCGGUGAGGAAAAAUAAAACAUUCCAAGAGUGCACCACUCCAGCUGGUGAGAAGGGCCACUGCAAGCGCUACCAACACUGCAAGACCAUGGGGUCCGGUGAUAAUCUGUGGAAGCUGUUGGGACAGCUGUGCGUCAUCGAAAAUAUAUCCAUCGGAAUCUGUUGCCCGGAAAAUGCCAGCGAUGGAGUGGGACCGGAAUUCUCUCUCCGGCUACCUUCGCAAGCAGACGACUACGAUGCCGUAGAAGGCUUGGAUGGCGAUAACUCCGUCGACGGCAGGGACAGCCGUGAUCGACCGGAAGAGCGAGGCUGUGGAAUAUCAACCAAACAACUCUCGAAGAUAGCCGGAGGGCGUCCGGCUGAUCCCGGAGAGUGGCCCUGGAUGGCGGCACUGGUGCCGAACAGUGGCCAGCAGCAGUUCUGCGGAGGAGUACUGAUCACCGAUCGACACGUGCUGACGGCGGCUCAUUGCGUGUUGAACCUGAAAAUCCAUCAGUUUCUGGUGAGGCUGGGGGAGUAUGACUUUACCCAGUACAAUGAGACGAGGUCGCGGGACUUCCGAGUGACGGAGAUUCGAAGCCAUGUGGAUUUCGACCCGGUUAGCUACGAGAAUGAUAUCGCCCUGUUGAAGUUGUUCCGGCCGUCGUAUUUCAACUCCUACAUCUGGCCGAUUUGUAUGCCUCCACUGGAUGACUCGUGGAACGGAUAUCGAGGUGUUGUUGUGGGCUGGGGAACGCAGUUCUUCGGAGGGCCACAUUCCAAGGUGCUGAUGGAGGUUACAUUGCCAAUUUGGGCCAACAGAGACUGUCAGGACGUGUACAUCAACCGGAUCUUCGAAACGAGCAUUUGCGCCGGGGACUACGGUGGUGGCAGAGACUCGUGCCAGGGCGACAGUGGUGGCCCUCUGAUGCUACAACUUCCGAACAAUCGCUGGGUGGUGGCCGGACUCGUUUCCUGGGGAAUUCGGUGCGGAGAGGCAAAUCAUCCGGGAAUCUAUACUCGAGUGAGCUCGUACGUUCGUUGGAUCAUCGAGAACGCCGUGUUUUAAGCAAUAUUUGUGAGAAUUGGAAUAGCUUUGUGGUUAGAUAACAAAACCUCUAAUAAAUGCAUUUAUCUUCUGUUCGUGUUAAGUACCAAUAAAGAAUCGUUGGAUUGAUAUGAAAAGUCAA